AUGCCUUUCGAACUGGCUGAAAAGUACUCACACCAUCAUCUUAUCGUCCAACCAAAGGAUUUGGAACUUGAGCCUCCGGAAAGCUAUCUUUUCAUUCAAGAUGGCCUGAUCAUCUCAUGUGGCGUGCUGUACUCGCUUUGUUACCUGUUUUAUAUGUUACGAACUGUCAAGGAUAAGACACUAUCUGGAUAUGUGGAGUUCCUCUGCGGCACGAUGGCCUACGAAGUGUACUAUGCCUUCACGACAACUUCAACAACUUUCGAGAAGCUCAGCUUCCUAGUAUGGUUCCUGCUGGAUGCGACCUUCGCCGCUGUUGCCGUACUAACCGCCUACAAGCCUGAAAGGAGAGCUGUCGUGACUGCGAGACUCGUAGGUGGAGUAAUAGUUGGCGUUGGCUUCCUGCAUGCGCUCUGUCAAUACUUCCCGGAUGAGCGCCAGCAACUCACAGCAUACUGGACCGGCCUUCUCCUUCAGCUGCCGAUCGGAUGGGGAUCAGUGAUAUUGAUGUUGAGCAGAGGAGACACAAAGGGUCAUUCGAUGGAGAUUUGGGUGACUCGCUUUUUGGGUUGUGUCACUGCCUAUGGCGUUUUCUAUUGGCGAUACUUCAACGCUCCCGACAACUGGCCAUAUGUGGGCUCAAUAUGGAGUACGCUCAUCAUCGCAUUGACAAUGCUACCGGAAUUCGCGUAUCCUGUGAUAUGUGCGUAA